GCGUGUCUCUGACGUUCAUUUAAUCAGCAGAUUGGACGCAGGUGUCUGUUUAGCGAGAAACUUUUAACCCGGCUUUAAAAGCCAACUCAGACACUCAGAACCGAGACUACCUUUUCUAAACUUCCAAGCCACUUGUUUAGGAUGUUUUUCUGGUUUUGUGUUUUUCUUUGUGCGUCGGUUGACGGACAAAUGACCGGGGAGCCCCACAGGGUCCCGGUUAACGACACCGAGGUUUUGUCGGCGGCGCGUUUUGCUGUGGCUGAAUUCAAUGAAGUCAACGCAGGGGAGCAGUUCCUUUACAAAAUCAGGAUGAUAACAUCGGCCAAAAUUCAGGUAGUCGCGGGAAUAAACUACAUCCUGGACGUGCAGCUGGGGCGUACCGUGUGCAGGAAAAGCGGCGCUGCUGCUGACAGUGAAACAUGUGCUUUCGAGUCUAAACCAAAGGGUUACCAGUGCCACUUCGUCGUUACAGAAAUCGCCUGGAAAAACUCACGUGUUCUCUCUAAAAAUGAGUGCCACCUAAAUAAAAACUAAAAUGCUCUCAUACUGUCGUUGUUGGUGUUUCCAAGUAAAG